GUUGGAGGAAGGCGGUGAAGGCUCGGAUCGCUGAUGUGGCGACCUGUGAGGCGUCAGAUCGUGGAGAAAAACCACAAUCCGCGCCUCACCGCAUCGAACGGCAGCGCUGAAGGGCGCGGACGACAAGGAUCGCUGACAUGGCGGGGCGGGGCUAUCACCGCUUUUCUCUUUGGCGGUGAAGUGCCCGCGCGCGUCCACGUUGGCGAUCCGCGUCCACUUCACCGUUUUCUCCAUCAACGGUCAUCGUUGCUUCACCGUUUCCCUUAUCAACGGUCAGACAAUCACCGCUUUUGCCUAACGCGGGGAUUGCUUCACCGUUUUUGUCCAAAACGGUGAUAGCAUCACUGUUUUGGUUAAAAGCGGUGAUGCAAUCACCGUUUUGGACAAAAACGGUGAUUGUAAUCACUGUCUUACUCUUCAACAGUGAUGUUGAAACUGCUGUAUUUUGGGAAAUAAGUUUAUAAGUACAGUAAUUAGGGAAUUUUUUUAAUAAUUAGAGUAUUCUGAGAUUUUUUCCGUCGAUUCCGGAGCAUUAUCGGAAGAAGAAGCAACUGGGAAAGAAAUUCUCCCGGGAAACCAUAUUUGUAUAGUAUAGCCUAUACGAUUUAGUUGGGUAAAAUACCUUGCAUAUCACUUACGUUUGAGAAUUGGAGCAGAGAUACCACUUAAGUUUGAAUAGGGCGUCGGGUACCACUGAACUCUAUUAUUUGUGCACCCGGUAUCACUUAAGUUUAAUGUUAGGUGCAUUCCGUUAAAGUUAACAGAAUAUUCUUAGAAUAUUCUGUUUUCUAAAUUUCUUAAUUGGUCCUUCUACUUUUCUUAUUGUAAAAAAAUAUUUUGACUUAUGAAAAACAUCAAUUUUUAUUAUUUAGUUGGUAUCCUUUUUUGAAGACUUGAUACCAAAUUAAUUUUUAAAUAUAAAAUUUAGAUGAAAGACAGUGUGGUUGACCUUUUAGAUCCUUCAGUGUCUGAUCACUGUCCUGUUCUCCUAAAUACUGAUAGUCAGAUUAAGUCUCUUCCUAAACCAUUCAAGUUCUUUAAGUUUUGGAUUUCACAUCCAAAAUUUUAUGAUCUUGUUAAGGAAGCAUGGGAUACUGAAGUGACAGGUUCACCACUGGGCAGGGUGUGUAAGAAACUAAGGGUUCUUAAGAAGUUACUCAGGGAAUUGAAUAAAGAAGAAUAUUCUGACCUAAGGGAGAGAGUGAGGAUGAAGGAAAAGGAAUUGCAGAAUGCACAGGCUGUUGCUUUAGUCGAUCCAUCUUCUGAUUCUUUUGCUUUAGUAAAGGAGAAGGAAGUAGAGUUGAGAACUAUUAGGACUGCUGAAGAAUCUUUCCUCAAACAGAAGUCUAGGGACAUCUGGCUCAAGGAGGGGGAUUCAAACUCCUCUUAUUUUCAUCGAUCAUUAAAAAUUAAAAAUCAGAGGAACACUAUCAGGUCUCUUAUCAAUGAAGCUGGAGAAAGGGUGGUGGAUACUAAAAGUAUGAGUGAGGUUGCCUUGAGAUUUUAUCAGAAUCUGCUUGGUAAGGCAGAUCCUACUGUGAAAGCUGAGUCAGUGGAUUUCUUUAAGGGAUUGUUGCAAAAGACAUUCCCUAGUGAUCUUGCCAUAGAGCUGUGUAGACCUGUCACUACUGCUGAGGUUAAGAAGGUUAUGUUUGGAUUUAAAGGGGAGAAAAGUCCUGGUCCUUAUGGUUAUUCAGCCUGUUUCUUUCAGUCUGCUUGGAGUUUAAUUGGAGAGGAGAUCACUGCUGCUAUACAACAUUGCUUCUCUGUUUCUGAAGUUCCACUAGAGGUAAAUUCUACCCUCUUAUCUUUACUGCCUAAGACUAAGAACCCUGAAGAUAUGAAAAAUUUCAGACCCAUUUCUUGCUGUAAUAUCUUUAUACAAGUGUAUAGCAAAGAUAGUGUCUUCUCGUCUUAGUGAAUGCUUGCCUCAUCUGAUUAGUGAAAACCAAACAGCUUUUGUUAAAGGAAGGGUCAUAGAAGAAAAUAUCAUGCUUGCUCAUAAAAUGGUACAGAAAUAUGGUAGGGGAAAUAUGUCUUCUAGGUGUAUGGUGAAGGUGGAUUUAAUGAAGGCUUUUGACUCAGUGGAUUGGCAGUUUCUCUCAACUGUUUUAGAGGCCAUGAACAUCCCUUUAAACUUCAUUAAUUGGAUAAAAAUGUGCUUCACCACACCAAAAAUCAGUGUUGGUUUCAAUGGAGGUAUGGUUGGAUAUUUCUUGCAAAGAAGGGUUUGAGACAAGGAGACCCCCUCUCUCCUUAUCUAUUUGCUGUUGCCAUGGAAAUUUUUAGUUGUUUAAUGAAAAAAGUUGUGCAGGACAAGAGAAUGUCAUUCCAUCCAAUGUGCAAACGUACAGGCUUAACCCACCUCAUGUUUGCUGAUGAUUUAUUGAUUUUUUAUGAUGGCACUAACUAUGGUAUUCACUGUAUACAAGAGGUGCUUCAGCAGUUUAGAUUGCUUUCAGGAUUGGCUUCUAACCCAGCUAAGUGUGAGAUCUAUUGUUGUGGAUUGCCUAAGGACUGGCAGGAGAGCAUGGCUGCCAGAGCUGGUUACCAGCUAGGGACACUUCCAGUGAGUUACUUAGGAAUCCCACUAAUACCUGGAAAGUUGACUAUCAAAGCUUGUCAACCUCUAAUUGACAAAAUUACUAAAAGGAUUCAGAACUAGGGAGUGAAAACCCUGAGCUAUGCAGGCAGACUUCAACUUGUUCUCUCAGUCUUGUACAGCAUGGUCCAAUUUUGGAUGGCUGUGUUCAUUUUUCCUAAGAAAGUGAUAGUGGUUAUUGAAAAACUGUGUAGUGACUUUUUGUGGGGAGUUGGCCAGGAAGGGAAGAAAAGAGCAAUGGCAGCUUGGGGGAAGUUGACUUUCCCUAAAAAAGAGGAUGGACUUGGGUUAAGGGACUUGAAAAGCUGGAAUUUGGCUUGCAUAGUGAGGCACAUCUGGGAUCUGCUUACUAAGCAAGGCUCCCUAUGGGUUGCCUGGAUAUGGGAGUAUAGACUCCAUGUGGUUGAUUUUUGGGCCUCAACUUGUAAAACAGGGUCCUAGAUUUGGCUGAAGGUACUCAAAACAAGAGACUUAAUCAGACAUAAGCUUUCUGUUAUUGAUGGAGAAUGGUACUGGAUGGGGAAGCUUUUGAAGAAAUUCUCUACUAAACUGAUCUGGGAAGACCUCAGACCUCACAGUUCUAUGGUGUCUUGGUUUAAACUGAUCUUGAAAUCCCCUAUCAUACCAUGUAAUGAGUUUAUUAGCUGGCUGAUAAUUAACCAGUUCAUCACCACCAGUGAUAAAAUGAUUGGAUGGGGUUUCCACGGGGUCACUGCAUGUGUUUAUUGUGAUUGCAGGAUUGAGACUCAAGACCAUCUGUUUGCAGAGUGCUACAGGUACAAGGAGUUAUUCAAAAUACUUUUUUCCAGAUUUUGCAAUAGGGUCUCUACAAACUUGUGGUCUACAGAACUUGCUUGGGCUGUUGACUCUUUCUCAAAAGUUGCUCCUCACUCAAGGGCUGGAAGAAUGAUUUGGCAAUCUAUGAUCAGUAAUAUUUGGAGGGUUCGUUGUUCUGUCAGGUUUGGAGGGACAGGUUUAAGUCUCAAUGAAGCUGAAAAACUUAUUAAGGAUGAAGUAAGGGUGGUGUGUGAAGAUGUGGAAGUGGUUGCUUUCUUUUAAGUGCCUCUGGUUUUUGUUGCUGCUCUUAAUUCUUGGCUCGAUAUAGAGAGGUUAUAGAGUUUCUUUGAGUUCAUUUUUCCUCAGUGGCAGGGGGUGUUGCCACAUAGUAACUGGUUUUUUGAUGAUUAAUAUAUAGCUAACCAUUCAUAAAAAAGAAUCAACUAUCAUUAUAAGUAUAUUCAAUUAUCAUUAUGUUUUCUAAUAAUUAAAUUAUUCUCUAAAGCAAAUAUAUCCUAUAAAUUAUGUUUAGUUGG